GGUCCCGUGACCGCGGGAGCUGAGGGAGCGAUGGGGCUGCUCCGGGCUGUGACCGCGCUGUCCGUGCUGCUGCUGGCGGCAGGUGUAGUUCUGAGGCAGCCCCAAGAGCCCAAAGAGGUGUGGGGAUAUGUGGAGGUUCGGAGCAAGGCCCACAUGUUCUGGUGGCUCUACUAUGCAAAUAACCCAACCAAAGACUUCACAGAGUUACCUCUUGUCUUGUGGCUUCAGGGAGGUCCAGGAUCUUCAGGCUGUGGAUAUGGGAACUUCGAAGAGAUUGGUCCAUUAGACAGAGAAAUGAAGCCAAGAAAUACAACCUGGUUGCAGGCAGCCAGUAUCUUGUUUGUGGAUAAUCCUGUGGGCACUGGAUUCAGUUAUGUGGAUGAUUGUAGCUUAUUUGCCCAAAACCUUACCACAGUAGUUUCUGAUAUGAUGGUUUUUCUUGGAGAAUUCUUCAAGCGUAGAACAGAAUUCCAGACCAUCCCAUUCUACAUAUUUUCUGAAUCUUAUGGAGGUAAAAUGGCUGCUGGGGUUGCUUUAGAGCUGCACAAGGCUGUUCAAAAAGGGACCAUAAAGUGCAAUUUUAUGGGGACUGCUCUUGGAGACUCAUGGAUUUCUCCUUUGGACUCUGUGCUGUCCUGGGGACCCUACCUUUACAGCACUUCUCUCCUUGAUGAUAAUGGUCUAGCAGAGGUGACUGCUGUUGCCAAAGAAAUAAUGGAUGCAAUAAACAAAAAUCAAUAUGGGCUGGCUACUGAGCUCUGGGGCAAGGCUGAAGGUAUCAUUGAAGAGAACACAGACAAUGUGAACUUUUAUAACAUCUUGACUAAGGAGGUUCCAGAAGUGAAAUCAGAUGAACAGGAAAAUUUCCAUCUCAUGCGGCUUUACCAGCGCCAUGUCAGAAAAAUGCAUCAGAGCAGCCUUGAUGAGCUGAUGAAUGGGCCCAUCAGAAAGAAGCUGAUGAUCAUUCCUGACUGUGUGAAGUGGGGAGGUCAGUCCAGACAGGUCUUUGAGAACAUGGCUGAGGACUUCAUGAAACCUGUCAUCGAUAUCGUUGAUCAGCUUUUGGCAGCCAAUAUCAGUGUUACAGUCUAUAAUGGGCAGCUGGACCUCAUUGUUGACACCAUGGGCCAGGAGGCAUGGAUCCGGAAACUGAAGUGGCCUGAUUUGGAGCAGUUCAGCCAGAAAAGGUGGAAGGCACUGUAUGUGUCUCCAGAAUCUACUGAGACAGCUGCUUUCCACAAGGCCUAUGAGAACUUUGCUUUCUUCUGGAUUCUCAAGGCUGGGCACAUGGUACCAGCUGACCAAGGAGAGAUGGCACUCAAAAUGCUCAGGAUGGUAACUCAACAGCAGCACUAGGGGAAGGGAGGACAUCUGGUCUGACUUCCUGUCCAGCAGCAGGGCUCUGGAGGAGUGUGAAUCUGGAUCCUAAGCCAAAGGAGGCACAGUGGCUGUUUGGGCACACAGCCUCCUUCAUCUUGCUGAUACUGUGCACAAGUGCUUGUGGAAAGGUGUUUUUUUCCUUGAAUGAGUUAUUGCUUUUGGAUUUUUUAAGCUGUGAUUUGCUGCCUUAACACUGUUGAUAAAUGACUCUUCCAGAGGGAAGUCCCCUGUCAUAAAGAACAAGCCUUGAACCUUUGCCUUGGAAGGAUUUUGUGCUCUUGCCCUUCCCUGAAUGCUCCUUUAUCUGUUUGCACACCAAGAGUAAAACUGAUUUGACUUCAUUUGCUCUGUGUUCCUCUGGGAGAGUUGAUCUGCUUCAUGAGGCUGUGGAAUGUUCCUUCCUUUGUCCUCAGGCUUGAGUCACCUGGCUGGAUUCAAGAUGAAGACAGAGGACCUGCCCUAGAGGAAUCACAGUCCAUCUCAUCUUGCUGAGGUGCCUGAAUUAGGAUCCAAGAUUCUUCAGACUUCCUGUGCUCUGGAGAGAGAAAAACAUCCCACAGAGGAGGAUUUGUCCCUUUUCAUCUGAGCAUUUGUUUCUUGUUUCCAUUCUUCUUAAUGCCUACUGCUCAAACUUUGCCUUUAACACCUAAAGCACAUCCAGCAGGAAUUCCUGCUAUUCUGUAUCCUGAAGCAGAAGGCCUGUUAAUACCCUCUUGUACCAAAGAGUCCCAACAGACAGAAGCUUCUUAAAACCUUCUGGGUUUAGCCAGAAAGAAAGGAGCAUUAUUUAAGCAAUAACAGCAUAAUUCUGAAAUACUAUAGGGCUGUUAAAAAGAAGGAUACACAAAAUCUUAAUCCAUGUCUUUUGGAGAUAAGUCUUGCAGAGACCUAUUAUUUUGAAACAUUUCUUUUUUUAUAAUACAUAGUCAAGAAGAGACUUGGUCAGACAUCAUUUGACUUUUGCUAUGGAGCAUGAAGUAGUUGUUUUUUAUUGGUGUCUGAUAGGAGGCACAACAGCUCCUUCCAGCUCUCAGAAUCCUAAAUAAAUAACAACCUCUCACUUACUCCAGCCACUGAAACUGUCAUGAAAUACCUGGUAGCAUUGUCUUAGCAAGAACUGAGGCACUGUCCUGGUUAGGGCAAAUUGGUGAGGAAACUCCAAAAGGGGUCCCUCUAGAAAGGAGAUUCAAGCCCUUCCCUCUACUGGUUUGGGAAAAAAUUCCUUGGAGAAAAGUGGGGAAAAAACUGUUUAUUUAACAAGCAAAGUAUUCACAAGCAUAAAAAAAAAUACUUAAACAAUAACACCUCUCUCUGUUCUGAAGAGAUGGCAAAUUCAGGAAGUCCUUGUUGUGGGGUGUAGCUUGGUUUGCUCAGUCUCUUAUCAGUCCCUCUGAGGCUGGAAAAGGCUGUGUCCCAGGCCCAGGUGGGCCACAGAUGUGAGCUCCCAGUGUUUUCUGGAUUUUCAGUCCAGAGCAGGUUUGAACAGUUCCAAGAAAAAAAAAAAAUUGCACACAGUCCAGGGAACUUCACUGCCUCAGCUAGCUAAAAAAUUAACUAAAAAGCAAA